GGGAGCCGCCUCGGGUCGUGUCCAGCGAGGGCGCCCCGCGCGCGCUCGGGUCAGGACUGGGGGGCGCACGGGUGCUGCCAAGAUGCUCCGAGGCGCCUGCUCCGCCCUCCUGCUCUGGGGCCUCCUGGGGACCCUCCACGCCCAGCAGCAGGUCAUCGCACCUGACAACUCGGAGAGAAACAGUAACUGCCCAGAGAAGACCGACUGCCCCAUCAACGUGUACUUCGUGCUGGACACCUCGGAGAGCGUCACCAUGCAGUCCCCCACGGACAGCCUGCUCUACCACAUGCAGCAGUUCGUGCCGCAGUUCAUCAGCCAGCUGCAGGACGAGCUCUACCUGAGCCAGGUGGCCCUGAGCUGGCGCUACGGCGGCCUGCACUUCUCCGACCAGGUGGAGGUGUUCAGCCCGCCGGGCAGCGACCGGGCCUCCUUCACCAAGAGCCUGCAGGGCAUCCGCUCCUUCCGCCGCGGCACCUUCACCGACUGCGCGCUCGCCAACAUGACCCAGGAGGUCCGGCAGCACGGGGGCAAGGGCGUGGUCCACUUCGCCGUGGUCAUCACCGACGGCCACGUCACCGGCAGCCCCUGCGGGGGCAUCAAGCUGCAGGCCGAGAGGGCCCGCGAGGAGGGCAUCCGGCUCUUCGCCGUGGCCCCCAACCGGAACCUGAACGAGCCGGGCCUGCGGGAGAUCGCCAGCACGCCCCUCGAGCUGUACCGCAGCAACUACGCCACCAUGCGGCCCGACUCCACCGAGAUCGACCAGGACACCAUCAACCGCAUCAUCAGGGUCAUGAAACACGAAGCCUAUGGAGAGUGCUACAAGGUGAGCUGUCUGGAGAUCCCCGGGCCCCCUGGCCCCAAGGGCUACCGCGGACAGAAGGGCGCCAAGGGCAACAUGGGUGAACCUGGAGAACCUGGACAGAAGGGACGACAGGGAGAUCCAGGCAUCGAAGGCCCCAUUGGAUUCCCAGGACCCAAGGGUGUUCCUGGCUUCAAAGGAGAGAAGGGUGAAUUUGGAGCCGAUGGGAGGAAGGGCGCCCCCGGCCUGGCCGGCAAGAACGGGACAGAUGGACAGAAGGGCAAGCUGGGGCGCAUUGGACCUCCUGGCUGCAAGGGAGACCCCGGGGAUCGGGGACCCGACGGGUACACAGGGGAGGCAGGCAGCCCCGGGGUGCAAGGAGAUCAAGGCGCCAAGGGGGACCCCGGCCGCCCAGGACGCAGAGGGCCCCCGGGAGAAGACGGGGCCAAAGGAAGCAAGGGCUAUCAAGGCAACAAUGGAUCUCCAGGAAGUCCCGGUGUGAAGGGAGCCAAGGGCGGGCCUGGGCCCCGAGGACCCAAAGGCGAGCCCGGACGCAGGGGAGACCCCGGAACCAAAGGCAGCCCGGGCAGCGAUGGCCCCAAAGGUGAGAAGGGGGACCCUGGCCCUGAGGGGCCCCGGGGCCUGGCCGGAGAGGUUGGCAGCAAAGGAGCCAAGGGAGAUCGUGGCUUGCCUGGACCCAGAGGACCCCAGGGGGCUCUCGGGGAGCCCGGGAACCAGGGAUCUCGGGGAGACCCCGGUGACGCUGGUCCCCGUGGAGACUCGGGACAGCCUGGCCCCAAGGGAGACCCCGGCAGGCCUGGAUUCAGCUACCCGGGACCCCGAGGAGCACCCGGAGACAAAGGCGAGCCCGGCCCUCCCGGCCCUGAGGGGGGCAGAGGCGACUUCGGCGUGAAAGGAGCCCCGGGGAUGAAAGGCCAGAAGGGCGAGCCUGCAGAUCCUGGUCCCCCCGGUGAGCCCGGCCCUCGGGGGCCGAGAGGAGCCCCAGGACCCGAGGGAGAGCCCGGACCCCCCGGAGACCCCGGCCUCACGGAAUGUGACGUCAUGACCUACGUGAGGGAGACCUGUGGGUGCUGCGACUGUGAGAAGCGCUGCGGCGCCCUGGACGUGGUGUUCGUCAUCGACAGCUCUGAGAGCAUCGGCUACACCAACUUCACGCUGGAGAAGAACUUCGUCAUCAACGUGGUUAACAGGCUGGGCGCCAUCGCCAAGGACCCCAAGUCGGAGACGGGGACCCGUGUGGGCGUCGUGCAAUACAGCCAUGAGGGCACCUUCGAGGCCAUCCAGCUGGACGACGAGCGCAUCGACUCGCUGUCCAGUUUCAAGGAGGCCGUCAAGAACCUCGAGUGGAUCGCGGGUGGGACCUGGACGCCCUCGGCCCUCAAGUUCGCCUACAACCAGCUCAUUAAGGAGAGCCGGCGCCAGAAGACCCGCGUGUUCGCCGUGGUCAUCACGGACGGCCGCCACGACCCCCGGGACGAUGACCUCAACCUGCGGGCGCUCUGCAACCACGAUGUCACGGUGACGGCCAUCGGCAUCGGCGAUAUGUUCCAUGAGCGGCACGAAAGCGAGAACCUCUACUCCAUCGCCUGCGACAAGCCGCAGCAGGUCCGCAACAUGACGCUCUUCUCCGACCUGGUGGCCGAGAAGUUCAUCGACGACAUGGAAGACGUCCUGUGCCCGGACCCUCAGAUCGUGUGCCCGGACCUUCCCUGCCAGACAGAUGGACCGUGGCCCGGCGGCGAGUCCCCGGUCACCUUCCUCCGCACAGAAGAGGGCCCGGACAACUCCUUCCCCAAGACCAUCCCCCUGAUCCAACAGUUGCUAAACUCCACGGAGUUCACGCAGGACCCGGCCGCCUACUCCCGGCUGGUGGCCGUACUGGUGUACACCGCCGAGCGGGCCAAGUUCGCCACGGGAAAUGAGCGGCAGGACUGGAUGGAGCUGUUCAUUGACACCUUCAAGCUGGUGCACAAAGACAUUGUGGGGGACCCCGAGACUGCUCUGGCGCUCUGCUGAAGCGCAGGCCACCUGUGUGCAGAGAUGGCCGGAAGUGCCCCCACCCAGCUGUGUUAGCUCCCUGGGGCUGCCCACUGUACAUGGGGGGCUCAGGGCAGCAUGGAUCUGUCUUCUCCGUCUGGGGCCGGAAGUCCAAAGUCUAGGUGUCACAGGGCCGUGCUCCGUCUGGGGCUCUGGGGAGGCUCUUCCUCCUCUCCCGGCUCCUACCUCUGCUCCCUGUCACGUGGCCUCCCCGCUCCUGUAGCCUGAUGUCUCUGCCUCUCUUGUAAGGACACUUGCGGAGGCAUUUAAGGCCCGCCAGGUAACCCAGGAUAGUCUCCCCAUGUCAAGGUCUGUGAUUUGAUCCCAUCUGCAGAGUCCCUUUUGCCAUACAAGGUUGAUUUCACAGGCUCCAGGAUUAGGACGUGGCGUCUUUUGGGGGGCCCUUAUUUAGCCAAAAAGGGAAAGUGAAGAGCAGAGCCUAGUAAACAACUGCACAACUCCCGACUUAACCUCCGGCCUCUGUGCCCGCUGUCACCGUGCGUUGUCGUCGGCCUCCCGGUGAUGCAUUGAGGAAAACUCCCCCAGACCAGCCGCCCCCGCGCAUCCAUCUCUGCUCGUGGGGACCCGGAAGUCCAGGGGCACCUAGAGAACUUGCGAGACGUUUUCUGCAAGUUCCAGCUGCUGAAUUUAAAGCAGAAGCUGCUCUUCGUCUGCACUUCCGCCCAGAUAAGCUACAUCAUUAAUAAGCUCCUUAGAAAAAAAUCUCUGCCAGAAACGCCCGCUCCCUCUGCCGGCCGCCCGGCACCUGGGGAGUGUCCUUCAGAUGCUGUGAGCACAUCGCAAACAUUCUAUAAAGGCUGAGAAACCAAGAUCGUGGAUGCCUUGCUCUGGUUGAGUGUGGUGCUGGGGUGACUUGCUGCUGGCUGGGGCUGGACCGUAGCCGUCGCUGCGCAGGUGGCCACCCGGAAGCCGGGUCCUGGGCUCAGGCCCUAGUUGUGGUGCUGCAUCUCAGGAUCUCCUUCCCAGUGGGAUCCCCGCGCUCCUGGGGGUUGGCAAACCUGAGCCGUGACCAGAGGCCUCUGCACCCACGUCCAGGAGUGGGGCCUGUGGGGCUGAGGAGCUGGACACAAGCAGGGAGAGCAGCCCCAUCCCUACCCAUCCCCAGUGGUGAUUAGAGUUGAGGUCUUGGGCAAGGCCACAAGGCAGGGCCUGGCUGUGUGGCCGUGGUGGGUGGGCUGUGUCCCAGCCCGUGGUCUCAUGAGUGUGGAGAGCUGGUUUUCAGGCUGGGCCGUGGCAUCCAUGUUCCCCAGAGGCCCAGCCUCAGUCAUGGCUGCAGCCUCACCCCCACGCUGUCUGGCAUGUUCAGGGCUAGUGACCACCAGAUGGGGGCAGGGGUCUCCUCAGGUGACAGGGAGUCACCUGGGCUGCUGCAGGGGUCUGGCCAUACCUGUGCCACUGCCCACCAAAGCCUUGUCCAGUUGGAGUGGACGUGGGCUCCUCUUUCCGAUGCUCCGAGGCCAGUGAGAUGUGGCCCAGCCAGUGCUCUGGGACAGGGA